UGAUGUUCCAAAAACAUAUAUCUCUUCCUCUGCAUCAGAGAAUUCACACUAAAGAGAAGUCAUAUGAAUGUAAGGGAUGUAGGAAGGGCUUUAGGAAAUAUUCACAUCUUACUGAAAAUCUGAAAGACCAUAGUGGUGUGAGACCCUAUGAAUGCAGAGAAUGUGGAAAGGCCUUCCUAGUUCUCCAGCAGCUUAUUCAACAUCAGAUAAUUCAUACUGGUGUGAAACCCUACAAAUGUAAGCAAUGUGGAAAGGCCUUUAGACGUCCUUCUCACCUUACUGAACAUCAGAACAUUCAUGUUGGUUUGAAACCCUACAAAUGUAAGGAAUGUGGGGAAACUUUUAGGUUGUACCGACAUAUGUGUCUCCAUCAGAAAAUUCAUCAUGGUGUGAAACCUUAUAUCUGUAAGGAAUGUGGAAAGGCCUUUGGUCAUCGUUCAAGUCUCUAUCAACACAAGAAAAUUCAUUCUGGUGAGAAACCAUAUAAAUGUAAACAGUGUGGAAAGGCCUUUGUUCGUGGCUAUCUACUUACUGAACAUCAGAGAAGUCACACUGGUGAAAAGCCUCAUGAAUGUAAGGAAUGUGGAAAGGCCUUUAGUAGGGCCUCAAGCCUUCUUAAACAUAAAAGGAUUCAUAGUAGUGAGAAACACUAUUAUUGUAAGGAAUGUGGGAAGGCCUUCUGUAGAGGCUCUCAACUUACACAACAUCAGAGAAUUCAUACUGGUGAGAAGCCCCAUGAAUGUAAAGAAUGCGGGAAGGCUUUUAAGCUCCGUUCUUACCUUAUUCAACAUCAGAUCAUUCACAGUGACUUGAAACCAUAUGAAUGUAAACAAUGUGGGAAAGCCUUCAGUCGUGUUGGAGACCUUAAAACACACAAGUCAAUUCAUGCUGGGGAGAAACCUUAUGAAUGUAAGGAAUGUGGAAAAACCUUUAGACUUAAUUCUCAACUAAUUUAUCAUCAGACAGUCCAUACUGGCUUGAAACCAUAUAUAUGUAAAGAAUGUAAAAAGGCCUUCCGUUCUAUAUCAGGUCUUUCUCAACAUAAGAGAAUUCAUACUGGUGAAAAACCUUAUGAAUGUAAGGAAUGUGGUAAGGCCUUUAAUCGUAGCGAGCGACUUAUUCAGCAUCAGAGAAUUCAUACUGGUGUGAAGCCACAUAAAUGUAAGGAAUGUGGGAAGGUCUUUACUCGUUGCUCUCAACUUACUCAACAUCAAAGACUUCACAUUGGCGAGAAACUCUUAAUGUAAUGAAAGUCAGAAAGCCUUUAGCCUUGGCACAUCCUUUAAUAUUAUC